GGCUCAAAUCCCGUUGAGGGCAGUCAUAGCCGACGCGCAGCGAGUGCCUCAACCGAGAAGAAAGACAAAACCCAGAGAGAAGCACCGACAGUGGAUGCCGCAAGUCUAGCGUUUAGCGGUGCCGUCACGACCGAGCCCGGCAACCCGUCUCCGCAACAUGGCUUCGAUGCCUACAGCGGUGGUCCAAGCGUGUCGCAGAUCACGCCGCAGUUUACAAUGCCGUCGAUUAUGCCACAGGCAACCUCCCAAGACCCGGGCUUGUCAUCCAUGGCGGCGGUGCUGCUCGCCCUGCGCAUGGUUGGCCUUUCGCCGUCGCAGCUGCAUUCUCGGCCAGUCAUCUGGAUCCCUGUUGACGUGCCCCAUCCACCAACGGCACAAAUGGAAGGCGCGGCAGCAUUCGAAGUAGGCGAGGCGGCAAGAACAACGGAACGGCCCGCUCUGAGCCAGCAGACCUCUGCGCUUGAGGACCUUCAAAAACAGGAAGAAGGAAAGCCUCAGCAUUGUAGAGUACAUGGAGCCCCUGCAAGUGGAGCCCAGCCUGGACAAAGCACUGCAUCUAGUCACAGGACACCGAACGAAGAAAACUUCGCCGCCAGUGGCGGUGAGACGAAACCUACCCAAAUCAAGGUGCAGAUGAACCUAGCAAAGGACAUCACUGGGUUUGCGGCUGGGACUGACAACGCGGGAAGAGCGGCAGUAUUGGGAAAAGUGAAUUCGAGCGGGCCUGCAGAAGAAGUCCCCGGCUACGAAGGGAACGUUAAUGUUGGUGGGGUGACGCUGCCAGGGGCUCUGGCGACCUUUACGACGGCUGGCUUGGCUCCGGCACAGCAUGCUGCGGAACCCGAUUCACGUGGUACUGUUAGAACAAAAGACGGAGCGAAAGACCAAGAGAGCGGCAAGUUGGCGGACUACGGCGAGAACGGUGCUUCAGCUGGUCGCACCAGUCAGAAUACGAUGGCCGUAUACCUGGCGCUGGCGGUGCUCCUCGCCUCCCUGGUGGCCGCCUUUUGCUUGCUUCUGGUGGUUGAAGCGCCGCCUCCUGGCAUCCACGAAAGGCUGGCUUUAUCCACUGACGAACGCUCUGACAUCGUUGAGCGGACGACGCCUACCGUUCCGGAAACAGACGCGCUGUUCCAGUCUGAGCUGGACACAAAUGAACGCGGGAACGAGCCUGUGGGCUCUCAUUUCACAGGAAGAAAGAGUUCAACACUUUCCACGCGAAAACCUGAGCCCAUCAACGACACCAGCCUGAAAGUCGCCAAUUUAUAGCUAAGUGAUGACGAGAGCUAAGUGCCGCGUUGCGCGUUGCUUAUAAUGGCCAUUGGUGCUUCACUUCGAAGGCUCCCUAUGACUAGGGAAAUAGAGAAAGCCAAGAGCCUAUUUGUACGAAACGAGCUCGCAAUAAAUUUUUAUUCGC